AUGUUUUCCAGACGCCUUUUGAAAGCCCCAGCGGCAUUAACACCUGCGACCUUACUCCGACCUUUUUCCAGCAGCACCAUCCUUUUUCGUACCCCAGCUCUAUCAGAUGUCACUUCUGAGGGCGUGAAAUCCUUCGAAGUUAAACAGAAAGAAUUCCGGCAGAAGCUAGCAGAUGCUAAGAAGAGUAGCGAGUCAACCGCAAACUCACCAGGCGCCUCCGCAGAAGCCAACGAAGAGGAAGAUUCCAAGCGCAAAGGGAAACUCAGCAGCUUGAUCUAUGGCACCAAAGAAGGACGCGAAAUGGAGCGCGAGAUGGAACAAUCAUUUUCGCAAGUUCUAGCACGAGGCAAAUACGUUCAUAGCAUUGUAUUCCACGAUGUGAAGCCGGAUAAGGUCGACGAAUAUACGGAGUUGGUGGGAAAAUGGUAUCCAAAAAUGGCAGGGAUGCCCGAGAACAAGGUCCACUUGGUUGGUAGUUGGAGGACCGAGGUUGGUGAUUGUGAUACUUUUGUUCACAUCUGGGAAUACCAGAGAUAUCAUGGAUACCACGACUCCCUUCACAGCAUCUCUCAGCACCCCGAUUUCCCUGCUUUCGACAAGAAAUUGAAGUCUCUUAUCACCGCAAAGCGUACCUCGUUGAUGCAAGAAUUCUCCUUCUGGCCGACCACUUCUCCCCGCCAAUUGGGCGGAGUCUUUGAGCUUCGAUCAUACACUCUUCACCCAGGAAAUCUUUUGGAAUGGGAGACCCAUUGGCGUCGUGGACUCGGUGCUAGAAGACAGGUCAUGGAGGGGGUUGGAGCCUGGUUUGUACAGAUUGGUGACUUGAAUACUGUUCAUCAUCUUUGGCAAUUUGCGGAUUUAGAGGAGAGAAAAGUUAGACGGGAGCAGAGCUGGAGCGUGGAAGGUUGGGGAGAUACUGUUCACAAGACUGUGCCAUUGAUCCAGAGCAUGAAGUCCAAGAUCCUGAUCCCGAUGCCAUGGUCGCCUGUUGCAUAA